CACCGAUAACAUUUCUGUGCCUCCCCACCAACCCGCCCAGUAGUUACGCCCCUGCUGCUGUCAGGAGGGCAACGCGCGGACCCGCCGCCGAGGCCGCAACGGCUACCUCCACCCCUCCUUCCUCCUUUCGCGCGCUCCUCUCCCUCACUCUCACUGUGUCUCCACCGCGUGCGGAGCGGACCACCACCAGGCUUCUCGUCCUCAGCCGGCGCUGCCCGUUAACUCCGCUCCGCUCCGCUCUACUCUCUGCCGCGCACUGCAGUCUGCAGCGCUCUCGUCUCUGGGACCGGGGCUGGACAGACAUGACGGCGUCCCCGCGGAGCGCUUCCCUGCUGGCCGCGCUGCAGCUUCUCGUGCUGACCUGGCGAGCAAGGGCACUGGUGACGGUGACCAUGAGCGACACGGUGGAGGUGUUCGUAGGCGAGACGGUGGAAAUACCCUGCCACUAUUCCUUCAGCGAGGAUCCCAGCAUGGUGAUGAUACAGUGGUUUGUGAGUGAAGGCAACGGUGGCAACCGGGAGCGUAUCUUCUACAGCGAUGACUCAAUGCGAAUUGCCGACAACGGCACGGACUUCACCGCCCGCAUCAGCAUGUCCGGCACGCUUGGAAAUCUGGUGCUGAGCGUGGAGGAUGUGCGACUCAGGGACGAGAGGGAGUUCAUCUGCCAAGUGAACGGGAUGUCUGCUGGCAACGCGGAAAGCAAGACCCAGCUCAAGGUUUUCGACCCCCCAGAGGAUCCAGUUAUUGAGGGCACCCACUCUGGAGUCUCGGUGACCUCUGACCAACCUUCAUUGAUCGCAUCAUGCGAAGUCAGGAAGGGUUACCCGCGUCCCAACGUCACAUGGUAUCGUGACAACACCCUGCUGGACCCCAAGCCUAACUUGAUCAGUGUGGUGACCCUUGUGACCCGGGAGUCCAGCGGGUUCUACAGCAUCGAGAGCAAACUUCACUACAAGGUGGCUAAGGUGGACAAGGAUGCACACUUCCACUGCAGGGUCAGCUAUUCGGUCCCAGGUGCUGUGGAGGCAGCUGACUCGAAGCCCAUCAAUGUCACCGUGUACUACCCAACAACAGUUGUUGAGAUCUGGAAGGAAUCUCCGGAGGGCCUGGUGAAAGAAGGGGACACUGUGGUGAUCCGUUGCCGCGGUGACGGGAACCCCCCACCGAUUUUCUCUUUCAAUCGAAACUGGUAAGAAGAUGAGGAGCUGGACUCCAGUCAGGAUCUGCUGAUACUGAAAGGGGUGACUCGCACAGACAGCGGUGCGUACCAGUGCCGCUCCCUGGACCUGGACACCGACGAGGAAGCGAUGGGGGAAAUGCAACUCGAUGUUCACUAUCUGGAUCCUGUCAAAGUGAUUCCCAAAGAGUCUGAGGUUCUGUCCAAAGGGGAGAGUCUGACAGCUACCUGCAGUGCCAAGUCUUCAUUGGAGACCGCUACAGUCUGGCUAAAGGAUGGCAGGCAGGUGGGAGAGGGACCCAUGCUGUUACUGGAGGAUGCCACAUUCGACACGGCUGGAGACUACAUUUGUGUUGUCACGGCACGCCCGCAGGCAGAGCUGCAGGUCACCGGGUUGGUCCACAUCAUCGUCCAAGGUGCUCCGGAGAUGAGUGACCCGGACUCGCCGACAGACAUAGAGGAGAACAUGGAGAUGUCAGUGAACCUGACCUGCGAGGCUCAAGGCCUCCCUAAGCCCACCAUCACCUGGAGCGUCUCGGGCACAGAGAAGUGGCACGAGGUGCUGAACAGAGCAACCGCAAACGGGGCUGUGAGCGUAGCGACCAUCAAGGUGACCGCUGACAUCACCGCCUUCUGCAACGCCACCAACCAGAUGGGCGCGGACGGGAAGUCCUUCAGAAUUAAAGCCAUUCCCUUGGUAACGUCAACAGCUGCCAACACAGCGGAGGGCAGCGGUGUGAUCAUUGUGGUCAUCAUAGUGUGCAUCCUGCUGCUGGCCAUCCUGGGCAGUGUGCUCUACUUCCUGUACAAGAAGGGCAAAAUCCCUUGUGGACGUUCGGGCAAGCAGGACAUCACUAAGGAGAAGGCCAGCAAAGGGGACAUUGUGGUGGAGAUGAAGUCAGAGAAGACCGAGGAUGCAGUCCUGCUAAAAGGGAUCAAUGGCGAGAAGAGGCCUUCGAACGACCAGUAAACGUGGGAAGGACACAGACAUACAGAACAGAGGGAUGAUGGUGGUGGAGAAGGUGUCGUCUGCGGACCAGUCCAUGGAGGGCCCCAUCAGCCAGAAGCCCCCCGAGAAGAAGGCCUCUUUCCUUUUAUUUAAUUUAUUUUUUGUUGCCCCGUAGCGUUUUUGAGUUCAGCCCCAGUUCCAAUCACACAAAGGUUCAACGUGAGGUCUUCGGUGCACUCAGGUGAUACCAGCUUCUUCUCAAAGGCUUUUUUUUAUACAAUACAUGUUCCUGCAUUCAUUUCCAAAAGUUCAGUUAUCAUCUCAAAUGUAAGAUGAUCUACCAUUUAUUUUUCUUUAUGUAUAUAUUUUAUACAUAUAUAUAUAUUUAGUUAUUUAAAGCAACCUUCCAGGAACCCUGUUCUUUAUCCAGAGAAGCAAAUAAUGCUUGUUUGUUCAGGGUUUCGGGUUUUUAAAAGCUUUAACCGUGGCUGCGUCUCAGGUGGCAUUUACUCAGACAUGCUUUUUGGAAGGUCAAAAACAGCCUCACUGUCUUCUCCAGCCAGGCAGGACUCUGGUGCGAUGUAGUCGUUUUCUGCGUGUGUCUACUGUUGUGUAUUACACUGUAUAAUUUUUGUCGCGUCAUGAGGGAAGUCCAGCACAGAGGGAGACCCAGGUGUUGCUGGGUGGGUGUCAUUUAGGUCAGGCAAUGUUCUUGGGUGAUGAUGAUGAUGAUCUCAUGGAGAUUAACUCAUCAGCUGGGGUAGGUAGGAUGGCUCACGUUUUUCCUUUUUGUAAAUGGCCCCUUUUGUGCUUUUGAGCCACUAUCCUGCCUUUUCACCGGAGGAAUCGGAACAGGGAGAGGAGCACACGGACCCGGCUCUGAUCGGGCGAAUAGUUGUGGUGGAGUCCACGUCCAGAGCUCUCCUUGGUCGAGCCACCCAUCGGUAGUGCCCUGAGGCUUUGGUUCCCCAGAUUUCCCCUGAGGGAGGAUCCAGUUGUGAAGUGCUACCUAAUCCAGACCGUUUUCGGUUGUCUGUUUUUUGUUAUUUCGUGAACUGCUGUCAAAUUAAGCUCUUGUAAUGUGUGUAAAUAAUCGUAGUGUUAAAAAAAAAAAAAAAAAAAAAAAAAGCCUAUCGGUGGUCUUUGCCUGUCAGGUGCAUUUCAGGGCCCUGUAGCUUGUUGAGAGUCAUUUUGGGAUACUGCUAAUUUUUGUGCGUGUGAAAAUGUCAGUCACAUUUAAAUAUUUAGAGUAUUUUUUCUCUCUUUUGUGUGUAGUAGAACCUGGGUGACACAGUGGGCUCGGUGGUUUUUUCUCAUUUGUGUACAGUG